GAGGGCUGAGGUUAGUUCUUUGGGCUCUGUUGGAGCCAGUGCAUGGGCGCGCACUGCCACCUAGCGGGGCUGCGGUGGUGACUCAGCCCAGGGCAUCCCCAGGAGCUCAGGUGGAGCUGUUCCCGGAGAUGUUACAGGGGGAGAGACGGCUUUGCUGUUGAAGAGUCUCAAUUGCGGAGGGGGCAAUCCCUGCAGAGCUUCUAUCAAUCACUGUGAUGCUCUGACAGCAGCUGGGAAAUAUGUCUAGUGUACAACGGGGGCUCCUUUGUGCCUCUAGGACUUCUGGAACGUUUAUUUCCUUAUGGUAAAUCAUCCUCCAAGCCAAGGAUGCCCCAUGAGGAUGCACCGAUCCCCCCCCCAGCCCCACAUCCCAUUGUGGAUGAGAGGAACGAAUGGGUCUCACUGGGCUGAGUGCUGCAACGGCAAAAAAGGAAGAGUCUUCUGAGCACCCCAACCCUCCUGCAGGCGUUCUGGAAAUCUUUGCUGUCUCUCAGGGGAUCGUUGGAAUCCGAGGAGUUUUCAGCAACAAAUUUCUAGCUAUGUCAAAGAAAGGAAAACUCCACGCAAGUGCACGGUUCACUGCUGAGUGCCAGUUCCGUGAGCGCUUCCAGGAGAACAGCUACAACACCUAUGCCUCGGCCGUGCACCGUGGGCAGCGCUCCGGCCGCCAGUGGUACGUGGCCCUCAACAAGCGGGGCAAGGCUAAGAGGGGCUGCAGCCCUCGUGCCCGUCCCCAGCACGUCUCCACGCACUUCUUGCCCCGUUUCCGGCAGCCCCCUCCGUCCCAGCUGGCUUUCACCGUCGCCCGCCCUGAGAAGAAGCCACCUCCACCCCCACCGCCGCCCAAGAAGAUGGCCACGGCACGGCACAGCCCCGGUCCCGGCCGCUACCGGCUGAAGUUCCGCUUUGGGUAGUGGCUCCUCAGGACGCUGAAGGGCUGCUGGGUAGGGUGACGCUGGGAUGGACGUGGGAAGGACGUCUGUUGGCAGAGAUGGGACCCACAGUCCAGCUGCUGAUGGUAUUUUGCUGUGGAACCUCCACGGGACCGUGACACCUUCCCUCUCCUGUCAGGAGCUGGCUGAGCAUUGAGUUGUCACAGUGCCAUCGUGACAGUCCUCUUCUCUGGGCUGAGCAAACCACGGGACCUCAGCGCUCCUCACAUGUCUUCCACGUGUAUUUGUAUAUAUGAGCAACAAGAUGUAGGACACACUAGAAGUUCACAAAAAAUCUGGACUGUCUGAGGUCAUACAGCUUCUUCCAGGUUUUCCCAGAUGAGUCCCUCUGAACCGUCUCUCACUGCAUCCUGAGUUUGCCGUGCUAACAGAAGUCUGGGCUGCUGCUGGGUGGACAUCUUAUGAACUCAAUAUGAGAGAUGUGAUAUCUUGUUAAUUCUUAACGUUUACAGAUGCUGAAUUCAGAUUGCAGCCUUCCAUGCUGGAGAUGAGGCCUGCAGAGCAAAUGCAGCCCAACACAGCCGUGACAUCCAUGAGGUAUUCUGUGCUGUCACUGGCUUUAAGUUUACAGCCACGUUAUUUUGAGUAGAAGAGCUGCUAUCAGAACUAAUAGGAAUAAAACAAUGCCUAUAUAAUGAGAAGAAACCCCACACCACUGCCUCGAUGAACAUGUGAAGUGGCAUAAAUCUAUUUAUUUCUACCUAGGAGAACAACUGCUGUUCCAUGUAGGAUGUGACUUUGCUCAAUAAGUCCCACGUGAACACGGGAGCUGCACAGAGCUUUAUGUUGUGUUGAACACUGACAUCAACUUUGAUGCUUACAGAAGCCUUCAUUAUUCCUUAGAGUGCUGGGAGAGAGGAAAA